UGGACUCCUGGCUCUCCCCUAUUCGAAAAAGGGAGCGGGGAGGGGGCAGGUGCAGUUGAACUUUUCCAGGUUUUUCUCUCUACAAAUAGCGGUUUCUGCUUUUCCCCAUGCGAGCCUGGACACGUGUUGGCUGAGAAGUCCGUUCAGUGGGACCUAACCCAUGCGCCGCCAGUCCCAGCCUGACCUGGUCAAAGAGGAAACUUUCAGCCGGAGGACGCUAUGCCUGUGGUUAUCGGCUUCGAGGGGAGCGCCAACAAGAUUGGUGUGGGGAUUGUGCGUGACGGGGAAGUCCUGAGCAAUCCCCGGCGGACAUAUGUCACCCCUCCAGGGCAAGGUUUCCUGCCGAGUGACACAGCACGUCACCACCGGUCCUGCAUCCUAGCCGUCUUACAGGAGGCGCUGCAUGAGGCUGGGCUGAAGCCGUCGGACAUUGACGCCGUGGCUUUUACUAAGGGUCCAGGUAUGGGUGCCCCAUUAGUGACGGUGGCUGUGGUGGCCCGGACUGUGGCUCAGCUGUGGGGGAAGCCGCUUCUGGGAGUGAACCACUGCGUAGGCCACAUCGAGAUGGGGCGGUUGGUGACCGGUGCCCAGAAUCCGACAGUGUUGUACGUUAGUGGUGGGAACACUCAGGUCAUCGCAUAUUCAGAGCGCCGCUACCGUAUAUUUGGCGAGACCAUAGACAUCGCUGUUGGCAACUGUCUGGACCGUUUUGCCCGGGUGCUGAAGAUCUCAAAUGAUCCCAGCCCUGGCUACAACAUUGAACAGAUGGCCAAGAAGGGCCAAAAACUGGUUGAACUUCCGUACACAGUGAAAGGCAUGGACGUCUCUUUCUCUGGGAUCCUGUCCCACAUAGAGGAUGUGGCCCACAGAAUGCUAGCGACAAAGGAGUGCACGCCAGAGGACCUCUGCUUCUCCCUACAGGAAACUCUGUUUGCUAUGCUGGUGGAGAUCACGGAGCGGGCCAUGGCGCACACUGGCUCCCAUGAGGCGCUGAUCGUGGGCGGAGUUGGCUGUAACGAGCGGCUACAAGAAAUGAUGGGCAUCAUGUGUCAGGAAAGAGGAGCAAAGCUCUUUGCUACAGAUGAGAGGUUCUGUAUUGAUAAUGGAGCUAUGAUUGCACAAGCUGGAUGGGAGAUGUUCAGAUCAGGGCAAGUGACGUCGCUUGAGGAUUCAUGGAUCACACAGAGGUAUCGUACGGAUGAAGUGGAGGUGACGUGGCGCGAUUAACCCCUUCCUUUCUGUUUGGGAGACACUGCAUCUCACCUGUAAGGGGACGACCACACGAACAUUUGAGCAAGUUAUUGAAUUCCUGCGGUUGUUUGCUGGGAAACAAAUUCCACCUGGAAUAAAUGCUUUGGUUUUGUA